AUGGAUGAUUAUCUUGCUGCUUUCAGUUCCAUCGUGUCUGAUAGAGUCAGAUACUAUGAACUUGUUAAGAUUACCAUCCACACAUCCUCCAGAAAAUCGUACAUUUUAAUCGCAGACAGAAGCAUAUUCUUUGUCACUUUUGAUCUUGGAGGUGUAAUAAAGAACAGUAAAAUCGAAUAUGAUAACAUAAAGGACAUUGUUCUCGGCGAAUUUGGUAAUAAAAUAACAUUAAAACUGAAUAAAAGUCCAACUCCUCUGAAGAAUGACAACGAUUUGGGUGUCUAUGAGAUAUUAAUAGAGACUCCGGAUUAUACAACUUUGUACGAUAAAAUUAAAAUCGCAAUAGAUACGGAUUAUAUGAUCAAACACUUCAACGAGCCUAAAAAUAAAAGUAAAGUUUCUAUAAAGUCGAAGGAGACUAUACUUCCGUUUUAUAGAUACAAAAAGGUGACAUUCGGGGGAUAUUAUUUCUUUCUUAAGAAAUCUUUUAAAGAUACUAGUUUCAAUACUAUGUAUUCUCGAAGGUACGAGGACGACCGAGGUGUAUCUUUGACCGUCAACAUCAAAGAUCCGUUUCCCAUUUAUUACAUGGAACACGAUGAUCCCUUUGACUUGUAUAACUACACCAGGAGGGUUAUUGAGGAGGUCAAGAUAGUACAACAGCCCAUUCCGACCAGUGACUCUAAUGAAGCCAGCACUAAUGGAAUUGAUGAUCGGAAAUUUUAUGAGAUACUGCGGGAUGAGAUAUACUAUAAGAAGAUGAAUUUGAACGAAGACGUUGCCAAAUGGUCCUUCAUACCUCCCCUUUUGGAUACUUGUCAAGAUAUACUACACAAAUAUAAAUUAUCAGAUUCCAUGGUUAAUAUUUGUAAUUACUGGAACGAAUUUUGUUUAAUUGUUAAUUCAUUUACCUCGAACACGAGCCACUUUACAUGGAAUAAGGAGUUAAUUGAGUUGAGAGUGAACAAUUUGCGAUUUAAAAAUGAGAUGUACAAGAACUUGAAGACACAUUUUAACAUAGUGCCGAGCUACUUCAAUUUAGUCAAGGGCUUUGUGGUUUCAAUCUUAAAACUGUUACCAAUGCAGGCAAUAGAUCAAUACAUCAUUUAUAAACUAAAUGACAACAUUGAUGUGUAUACUGACGAGCCACUGGAAUACGUGUAUCAGAUCGUACAUUACCUUUAUGGGAGCGACUACAGCAACCAAGCUAUAAUUAACAAGUUUAAAAUGCGGCUGGCUGACUUCAUUGCCUUUACGAUGGAUGAACUGGUCAUUGGGAAUCAGCUUUUGUUACACAUCAUUGUUGAGAACUUGAGUAUAAAGAUAGAGAGUGCUCUGAUAUUUUUGAUGCACUUCCGGAGCUUGAAUUUCAACGAGAAGUACACCGAUGGCUUGUUCAAUGACUUCGCCAGGGAUGCACCGCGUAAGAGAAAAGACAUCGACUGGAACAGCAUUACCUUCAACUACUAUGCGACAUCGAGAUUGCUCGAGGAGGGUUUUAUCAAUGUGCUCUUUCAUUCUGAAAAAAUCGAGUACAGCAACGAAAAGCUGAUUAUGCUGAUUUUGUCUCUGUUUAUCAAUUUCAGCUACCACAACGAUAAGGCUAAGGAAUUAAUGGUUAACAACAAUAUCGCAAUCGUGUUAAACAACUUCGUCUUGCUAGAGGUACUCAGGGACUUAAUUUAUUUUUCGCAGAACGAGUGUUUGUUGCUGACUCUGAAGCUAAUAUUGAACCUGACCAAGGUCAAGAUGCACCAAAUCGUUUUCAUUCAAACUGGGCUGCUCUUCAACUUGAUCGUGGCUCUUCAGUGCUUAACAAAUUCCUUCAGGUGGGAAUACAUCGUUGAUGUUAUGCUCUACGUCUAUGCUAACUACAAGGGGACUGUCGAACAAUUUAACAAUAUUCUCUUCUGCAUCAGCAAGGUCAUCAACAACAGGAACAUGUCUCUUAAAGUUGGAAGGCAUCUGAUCCGGAUUCUACUUCUGAAUCUGAGCUUUGUUCGGGAUAACAACUAUAUUGUCAAUAUUUUUGAGCUAUUGAUCAAGCUUGCUAACUAUGUGCCUAACUGUCUCAUCAUGAUCGAGAACAACGUCACUAAGAUUUUAGAGGAGUUGGACGUCAAGGUCGACAUUAUUGUUCAGUUUUCCAUUAAGCUUUCCAGCAAGAUUCGUCGGAAGACUAUUCACUGUAGCAUAUAA